AUGAGAAAUCUGUGGAACUUUCACCUUGAACCUUUGCCGGUUUGGAUGGAGCUUUCGGUCCCCAAUUCGACAAAGACGGACAUCGUCAAGAUUCCGGUGCUAUUGCCCCACGAGAUUCUCCACUGUGUACAUCAAGCGGGGCCUGUGCAGGUUUGGGAUGUUAAAUUCCCCAAUUGCAUCAUCCCGCACGCGUGCAUGCGGGAAGAGGCGGUGCAGCGAUAUGCUCACUCGAAAGUUGCGGCCGUUUUGUCGUGGUCAAUGGAGCAAAGCCUUAAAGGGGUUGGGCCCGCAGUGGACAUGGACAAUGAUUGCUUUACUUCGCCGUUUCAGCUGAGUAUGAAAGGCGAGGGUACAGGCACAUUUUUUUCACGGUAUUAUCUGUGCAACAACAUAUGCGACUCUUGCAUGGCCACUGCUCCCUCGGCCAACAACAUCUUGGCCUAUACGCACUUGAGUGAAGAUGCUGCUUGCUGGAUGACAGAGCUAAAGCACGAAGACUACGUCAGGCAUGAAACCGACCCCUCUCCAUGGAUGGGGAUGCCGGGAUUCCGGCUGGAGACUGUGUUUUUUGAUGCGAUGCAUAUCGUAUGGCUGGGUACGGCUCGUGUGCUGCUCGGCUCUUGCCUUUUUGUUUGGCACCGAAUGGGCCUUCUGGGGUCUGAAAAGUACGAGAGCAACCUGAAAGCUUUCUCGGUUGAGAUGAAGGAUACGAUACAGCUGGAUAUGCCAAGAUUCACGAAGAGCAACACCACCCACGAAGAUUGGGCUGAGCUUGGAAGUGUCUUCAAAGCCAUGAGUGUGAAAACAAGUCUGUGGUUUUUUUGUCUUAAAGCUGCUGCGUUUUCCGCUGCGAGACCCGAGGAGCAUGAUUGGAAUUUCUGA